CUGGCGAUUGCUCGAUCAUGACGCGAUCUUCACCAGCUUCGAUUGUUGCCCGAGCUUUUCUCGUCUGGCUUUUCGCAACCAUAUCGGUCUCGAUCCCCACGUGCCGCGCUCAGUUCGCCUUUUCGUCUGCCUCUGCCGGAGCCGUGGCUUCCGCUGGUGGUGUCACCGUGGUGGCCCAGCUUCCCAGGUUAGGAGUAAUCAAUGGUCUCAUUAAUGGGUUGCACAACAAUCACUUUGGACCACAGCAGCAGCAGCAGAUGCAGAGGCUGCAGCAGGGAAGACCCGGAAUGGGACCAGGAAUGGGACCAGGAAUAGGACCCGGAAUGGGACCAGGAAGGGGACCAGGAAGGGGACCAGGAAUCGGACCAGGAAUGGGAGCAGGAAUGGGACCAGGAAUAGGACCCGGAAUGGGACCCAAUAGACGGGGUGGACCGCCCAACCGACAGCAAGCUCCUCCUGGCUGGCCUCCAGGUUGGCAGUGGGGAGCUGCUGGCAAUCAGCCGGGCUUCGGCUGGAACCAACAGCCAGGUUGGAACGGAGGCGGGGCUCCUUCGCGUCCUGGAUGGAAUGGAGGCGGUGGUAUGGGUCCCGGUUGGAAUGGAGGCGGUGGAAUGGGUCCCGGUUGGAAUGGAGGCGGUGGAAUGGGUCCCGGAUGGAAUGGAGGUGUAGGCGGAGGCGGCCCUCCACCGAGACCCGGCUGGAAUGGAGGUGGAAUGCGACCACCUCCACCGAGGCCCGAUUGGGGCGGAGGAAUGGGACCACCGCCAGGAUGGAACGGCUGGGACAACCAGGACUACGAUUGGAACAAUCAGGAUAACGGGGCUCAAACAACGACUCCCGAAACACCAACUUUUCCCACCUCCCCACCAACACCAACCACUCCCAAGGCGGUGGUAACGAAUCCCACCUUCCAGCCACGUCCACCCACACAGCCCACCAAAGACACUCUGAUAAUAGGCACCAAUCGACCGCCGCUGGUGCCACCCCCGAACCAGGUCAAUCCUACUCCAGUGCCACUGCCACUUCCGCUGCCCACACCGGUGCCCCUCCCAUAUCACUCGAUAGAGGCGUCAGAGGAGAGACCCGUCAUAUUCCCCAGUUCCAGCAAGUACGUCCAUCUGCCCAACCAAGAUGUACCCUCCGAACCCAUCGAUGUGAGACGGAGAUGAGUCUUGGGUGGGGACUUCCCCAAACCGCGCUUGUUGAAUAUUCAUAGACCGCUUGAGAUCGUCUUUGUGUCUGGUAAACAGGUUCUGGAGGCAAAAUCCGAUGCUUGACAAAACUCACGAAUUUUUUAAUAAAUAACAGAAAAAACAAACA